UUUUGGAGAGAGAGGGUGAUGCUGUUCUCCGUUCACUGGGAAUGUAUUGACUGAGGAUCCAACUCUCAGCCUUCCAGCUGGACCCUGCCGCUGCUCUGCUCACUGCGUGGGGUUUAAACCAGGACACAAACACCUGACGGCUGAGCUCUCCCUGGUUGCUGUUUCACUGCCCCGUCUUCCAAUAAAACCAUGAGGGUCUUCCUCCUGCUUUGCCUGCUGGCGCUAGGCAACGCCAAACCCUACCAGCCAAUCAAUGUCAUGGACUUCAUGAAAAACUAUGACAUCAUGAUAGCUGACUCGGGUGACGAUGAUGAUGACGACGACGAUGAUGCCGAUUAUGAUGAUGAAGAUGAGAACUGUCCAGCUGGUUGCCAUUGCUCACCCAGAGUGGUGCAGUGCUCCGACCAGGGUCAGAUCGCUGUUCCUGAGAAGCUUCCUGAAGACACUGUGAUACUAGACCUCCAAAACAAUGAUAUCACUGAGAUCAAGGAGGACGACUUUAAAGGCCUCCACAAGCUUUAUGGCCUGUUUCUAAUCAACAACAAGAUCUCUAAGAUUCAUCCUAAGGCAUUCAGAAACAUGGACCAUCUCAGACUGCUGUACCUCUCCUACAACCUGCUGACCGAGAUCCCUGCAAACCUGCCUCCCAACGUCAUCGAGCUCCGCUUCCAUGAAAACAAGAUCAAUAGAAUCCAGAAGGAUGCAUUUAAAGGCCUGAGGAAACUCCAUGUACUGGAGCUGGGCGCCAACCCUCUGGCCAACAGUGGGAUUGAGCUGGGAGCUUUUAACGGCUUGUCGACCCUGUAUGUCGGUAUAGCAGAGGCCAAACUAACCGCUGUACCAAAAGACCUCCCAUCCUCCAUCACAGAGCUGAGCCUGGACUACAACAAGAUCUCUAAGGUGGAAGUAGAAGACUUCAUCAGAUAUAAAAACCUGCAGAGGCUAGGACUAGGUUUUAACCAGAUCAAGUUUGUAGAAAAUGGCAGCUUUGCCAGCAUACCGAGCAUCCGUGAGGUCCACCUGGACAACAACCGUCUGAAGAAGGUCCCACCGGGCCUCAGCUCCCUGCGCUACCUCCAGGUGAUUUUCCUCCAUGGCAACAAAAUCAGCAGUGUGGGAGUCAACGACUUCUGUCCCAUCAGGCCCAGCGUCAAGAAGAACAUGUACACAGGCAUCAGCCUGUUUGCCAAUCCUCUUAAAUAUUGGGAUGUCCAGCCGGCCACCUUUCGCUGUGUGACCGGACGGAGGGGCGUUCAGCUGGGAAACUUCAGAAAGUAGAAGUAGGGAGUGAAAACGAUGCUUUCCAGACAGCGCAGAAAUGGAGAACUGCCAAUAUCCUCAUUACAGUAUAAGGAAGGAGCUGCGAAUAAUUCUGAUAGAUAAAACAAGAUGAAACUGCAUUCCUAAAGUGUUAGCUGUAUGUAUAUUAGAAACUGUAGUACAUGUUAUUGAAUGCUGGUACAAUUUACACAUACAACAAAAAGUUCUCAGCCAGGAAAAAAAAAAAAAACAAACAAAAAAAACCCUAGUCUGGAUGUUGUCGCUGAAAAUAAAGAUUAAAUCAUAAGCUACAACACUAAGAAAAUGUUACAGCUACAGACAGUAUACAAGGGGUGGACGUAAUAACAAGAACAGCUGUACAUUAUAAUGAAAUUCAACAUAAAGAGCCCUGACUACCUUUGUGAGGUGCAUUCUGUAGGUUAUUCUUUUAUUCCUCAACUUUUGCUGUGUAAACUUUCCCAGGAAUAAAGCGCCUCCCUCUGGUCACUUUUGAGCAAAACCAACCAAGGACUUGACAAGAGUAGUAUUACAUGCUGAUACCUUUUUAACAAAAUAGCUCUUUUUUAGUUAUUUCCUUUCUAGUUUUAAAAUAAGACGACAUAUAUAUUUACGCCUUUUUUAAGACAUGUAAUUAUCAUAGAAGAGUCACUAUAGGUCAGAGCUGUAAGAUAACAGGAGCCUAAAAACCACUUUGACUUAAACUAAAACAUAUUUUCCUCCCAGCAGAAGUCUGUACAGUAAUUAAGGGUGGUGGCAUUAUUUAGUGCAAUAAGUCACUUUGAAGUGUCAUGUCUGUCUGUAUGUGGAUGUUUUAUAUUAUCUCAAUGCAUGUCUGCAUUGUCUUCAUUUAGAAGCUGAAAGCUACAUGUCAGACUGGAUUAUACAUGGUCCUUGAUGUAAACCCACAACCAAGUGAACUACAGUUAUCAUUGAAAUUAUAAGCAGGUAAUUUAACUCCCAACCCAGAAUGUCUAAGAGCAUAUUUCUUUACAAACACGUUCCUAGUUCUUCCAGUGAUUUCUCAUCUGAAAUGGUGCUAUAUUUAUUUAGUAUGUCUUUAAAUAAAACCUGGAACACCUCCCAUUUACAGUAUGUCUUUACUUUUUGUCAAAAUGAAAGUGGGUUUGAGUUGGAAAGUUAACUUUUGAUCUUGUUAUUUGAGCUAUUAUUGUCAUAUCCUCUUGUCCUCUAGGACAAACUUGUGAUUUUAGACUAUAUGAAUAAAUUUGACUUAACAUAUCAGACUGAGCUUGAAUAAAACAUACUAUCUGCAAAAAUCAAUGGGCAAGGUAUUGGCUGUAAAGAUAUUAUCAGAAAAAAACCCUAAAAGGCUGAUUACGGAAGAUUAGAAAUCAUCAACUCUAUAUAGUUUUCAAAAAUGGCAUGAAUUGAUUUUAAAAAGGCAAAAUUGGAUUGCAGUCUUAGGGGAGCUGCAACUAAUGACUUUAUGGAUUAAUGGUUACAAAUAACAGUCAUUAGAAGUCAUUUAGUCUAUAAAAUGUCAGAAAAUAGAGAAAAAUGUCCAUCAAAAGUUCUCAGAGCCCAAGAUUACAUCUUCAAAUGCCUGUGUAUUGACCAACCAACAGUCACUCACUGCAGCUAAAUGUUAUUACUGGGACCAGUGUUGGUUUCCCCGGCAGAAGGCUGAUAAAGACCAGUUGAGCUAUUCCUUUAUCUACCAGCUGAUGUCACUGCACACUUAAGAGUUACAGCUAGUUUUCUUGGUGUCAGUGGAGGUCUGGAGAUUGAGCCAGAAGAAUGAAGACACCCAGGGGGUGAUUGGUUCAGAUUUCAAAUCUACAGUGUUGAGAAACUGUGGCCUUCUGGGAGAACACAGGGGACCAUUUUGUCAAAAUUUUGCUAUGGUUUUUCUAUGCGUUCCUAUUGUUGCCAAGUCUGUCUACUCUACCACUACUUCUAAAAUAAGGAACUCUCUAGUAGCCAAACUUAUUUGGAAAAUAGUCAAAGGACGAGAGGUAUUGGAAAUUUUUACAUAAUUCCUUAAAGUAACCUUAAACUAAAAAAAUAAAAGUGUAAGUUGUGUAACAUACAAUACUUACAGUGACUAUUCAUGAAGCUGCACUAUUUCAUCAUGGUAAUAUUGUGGAUGUCUUGUACAUCAUUCUCUUCAUGUUUCCCCAAAAUUCAGCCUGACAGAUUUGGUAUCUCAGGAAAUUUUGGGUUCCCCACUUAAGUUUACAAUAAAUGAUGCAGGCUUGAACAAUG